AUGGUCGCUGAGCUGGCGGCGCUGGCGCCGCCGAAGUCGCCCCUGUGUAGGCCUAUGCAGCCCCCGGGAUCCGGUCGACCGACAAAACGACUGCGUCCUCUGCCUUCAGCUGCGGAGAUGCCUUCAUCCUUAAAAGCAUUGCUGCUCGCAGCCCUGCCGGACAAGCAACAGUUCAUUGAUGAGUGGCUGGCCGCGCUGGCUCAUCCAAACGUGUGCAUCAAUGAAGUGGCAGACGUCCAGCGCCUCGAUCAAGAGGACAUAGCGGUUCUGCCGGUACCUCCCCUGGUGAAAGGGGUGUUUCGCGACAUCUUGGCUUGCGAGGCAGAAAAGCAUCGAGAGCACACUGAAGUGUUGAAGGACACGCUGGCACGAAGUGAAGAGUUUCUUGCGCCACUUCGUGAUCGGAAUAUGCAGCCGCCGCUGGCAGAGUCAAAGUAUUUUCAGGACCAAAAGAAUUACAGACUUAUCCUCAAGAAGGAGGAGAUCGAGGCCGGCGUGCGGAUUGCUGCGAGGCGCAUUGAGACCUGGUGUAAAGGGGAGCGCAUCGUUCUCGUGGCAAUCCUCAAGGGCGCCUUCAUGUUCCUCUCAGAUUUGUGUAAGAACUUGAUACGCCCGUAUUCGGUGUAUUUCAUCGAGGCGUCUUCCUACAAAGAGAAGCGCUCGCAGUCAGGUUCCGUUGAAAUCACUGGCCCGGAUGUCGCAAGUUCUAAGUUCUGCGACACAACGACCAAAGCACCUCACAAGGUUGUCCUCAUCGACGAGCUUUUGGACAACGGGAAAACGAUGCAGGAGAUGAAGCAGUUCUUUCUGUCGAGAUUAUCAGCGACUCAUACCGAAAAUGAUGUUUUGACAGUAUGCCUCUUUAGCAAAGAGCGCCAACGUGAGUGGCCGGAGGCAGAUAUCAUUGGUGUUAGGAAUCUGCCCGACUUGUGGCUGGUUGGCUACGGUUUGGAUGAUCGUGGAACAAAGCGUGGCUGGACAGAGCUGUUCGCCAUCCCAAAGGUCAAGAUCAUUGAUACUUUCGAUGUGGACGAGGUUCAAAGGCUGCUGGAACACUUAGACGAGAAUGCGAGCCUGACGGGGCAGAUGGUCUUCGCAGGCUUUGAGCUCACUUACUCGAACAAACAGAAGUAUCGUGUUCACGGAUUGGACUUCCAGGGACCGCUGCGCUUGAAAGGAGCGAAGGCUUCACAGGCCAAAGCUGUCACCAGAGAUGACAUUCGCACGAUAUUGGAUUCCAUUCCGCGAGUCAAAGGCAAGUUCGAGCACGAACUGCAGUUCUCCUUCAUUCAGGAGAAUGUGGCUCUGGUCCCAGAGGAUGACAUUUUUGCUGGCAACAACCAGAUUUUCGCGGAGAUGCGCUGCCGGCUGCGAAGGCAAAUCCAAGCUGCAGCAGAACGUUUUGGCGUGAGGGGCCUCUAG